AAUUAAAUUAGUUAAACUGAAUAGUAUAUUUUUGACAAAUAAGUGAAACGAAAGUCAUCUUUUUCACUUGAUAUCCGAUAUCGAAUCAACAGUCAUCCAGAUCGAGUUAAAUAAUCGAUUUACAGCAUCAAAAGGGCAGAUCCAACACUAGGUAGUGAAAAAGCUGCAAGUAGUAGUGAUAAUGGCGGAUGCUGUUAUUUCAAUCGUGGCGGAGAGAGUUGCAGCUAUCAUAGAAGAUCAGAUUCGUUACCAAGUCAAUUUGGUGAGAGGCGUGGAGAAGGAGGUUCUCUAUCUCUCCGACAAGCUCAAUACGAUCAGAAAUGUGUUGGAUGAUGCAGAAAAGAGAGGUGUCAGCGAACAAAGCGUGAGAAAUUGGUUGAAGAAACUCGAAGUUACGGCUUAUGAAAUGGACGACAUUUUGGAUGAAUGGAACUACACUCUUCUCAAACAUAAGAUGGAAUAUUGUCGAUCAACCGAUCCUGCUGUUGCUUCUGCUAAGCAAAAGGAAAUAUAGAGUGGCAGAGUGCAAGCUGCUGAAAUGAGAAAGAGAACCUGCUUUAGUUUCCCAGGUUUGCGAAUUUCGUAGUUUACUUUGGUUCAAGAGAAGUCUAAAAAAACAAGAAGAAGUCUACAUCGUCUUUGCGAUUGCCUUGCAACUUUUGGGGUGUUAAAUUUCAAGUUGAGAAUGCUGAAAAGCUUGGAUAUGUGCUCAAGAAGCAGAAGUAAAAGAGCAAAAUACAUCUUCGAAUGUGAUUCAACAACUAUGACAAGGAGUGGCCAUCAUCAUUGUGGAUGGAAGCUCUAUAGCCUAAUCGUUAUGAAAAAAAUGAUAAAUUCCUAUUAAUUAAAUUUUUGCCUUUGUGGCGUUUGAAUUUAGAACUACGAACUCAUUCUAAAAAUUGACGAGUUUACUAUGAAUCUUCUUGAUCAAAUAGUUAAAAAUGAUUUUUAUUUUAUA